UGAGUCGUCUCACAGCCGCGCCUGCGUGCUUUCACUGAGAAGCAGGCGCCACGAGCCUAGUGUAUAUAUACUGUGGAUACAGUUUGGUGAAGGAAGACCAGAAGCAGGCACGUCAGUGUAUUAACACACGGGAAGGACCAGGUAGUGACACUAUUGCCCCAAGAGUACAUUUUCAGAAAUGGCAGCAAUAACGUCCAGUUCCUUUGGUCACUAUUCACACGCAAUAGUGCGGGGCAUCCCAGCGUCUCUGCCAGCAGCAGCGCUAAGGAUCGAGAAUCAGGGCGAGGUCAACUUGGAAAAUGCCCGGAGAGAGCACGCAGUCUAUGUGGAGACCCUCAAAAAGCUGGGGUUGCAUGUACACGAACUGGCAGCAGACGAGCAAUUUCCGGAUUGCGUGUUCGUGGAGGAUGCUGCUGUAGUAGUUGGGGGCACAGCUCUCAUCACCAGACCCGGGGCGCCUAGCAGGAGGAAAGAGGUAGAAGUAGUGAAAAGUGUUCUAGAAGACCUUCACCUGAAUGUUGUAGAAAUGCAAGACGAAAGUGCAACCCUGGAUGGAGGAGAUGUUUUAUUUACAGGCAAAGAAAUUUUUGUGGGCAUGUCAAAAAGGACAAACCAGCGUGGUGCUGAAAUUCUUGCAGACACCUUCAAGGACUAUGCUGUCUCUAAAAUACCAGUAACCGAUCGGCUACAUUUGAAGACCAUUUGUGGAGCUGCAGGACCAAAUGUGAUUGUCAUUGGAACAGGAGAAGCACCACAAAAAGUCCUGAAGACUAUGCAGCAGAUGAGUGACUAUCGUUAUGAGAAGUUAACAGUGCCAGAUGAUGUUGCUGCAAAUUGUAUUUACUUCAAUAUACCUGGCAAAGGGAAUGUCUUAAUUCACUGUGCCCAGGAAGAAUUUCCUGAAAGUGCAAAGGUGUUCCAGAAAUUGAAGGACUACACAUUGAUCCCAGUUCCAAAUUCAGAAUUAGCCAAAGUAGAUGGAGGACUUACAUGCCUUUCUAUACUGAUUAACAAAAGCACAGAGAUAUGAAUCAGCACUACAUUUCAGUUCCUGGCAACAGCAUACAUAUGAUGUGUCUGGGCAUAUGCUCCCGAGAUUUCCUUGCUCGUACAAUCUGUCACUGUGCUACUAAUUCUGUUUACCAAAUGAGAGUGAUCGUACUAUUCCUGCUGCUUCUUGUGUGCUUCGAGAUGUCAGUGAAGGCAUACCUGCUGACUGUUACUUCUAUAUCUGUCAUCUUGAGAGAAUUAUGUAUGCUUCAGUUGAGAGGACUCUUCUUCUGCUUGCAUUGUGCUUAUAAUAUAAGCAGUUUCACGACAGAAAAGUUUAUGAUUAUUUAAAAAAGUGUAUGACGCGUAGUAUUAAAAAAGGCCACCUUUUCAAAGCAGUGGCUGGAAUUUCUUACUGUAUGUAAUCAGUCCUGGUUCUUAUUAAAGUGAUUUGCCUUCAAGGACGACACUGGCACACAGAUUUGUUUUGUUAAAUGUAUAUAAUUGAUAACUGUAUGUAUAUAUGUAAGUAAGAAUGAUGAUCAUGCCUCUGACUGCUGGGACAGAUAGGAGAUCCAUGACAAGUCAUAAAAUGCAUCUGCAAAAAUGUAUGUGGAUGUACCCCAUUAAUGAACAUUAAGGAAUUCCUUCUACGCAUAUUGUAAUAGUAUUAACAAAGGCAGUAUAUGAACUCCAGGUAUUAAAAAUGUUCUGCCUUUGCUUCACUCGGUCACAAAGGUAAUUCAUGGAUGCAUUAUCUGUAAUUUGUAGAGAGUUGCAUGAACACAAGUUUCUAUUAUUUACAGUGUUUAAAAUGUUAAAAUCUAUGUAACUAAAUGGAUAUGCUACUUGUUUGUACUUACAGAAUAAAUAUGAUUUGUUUACAUUG